AUGUGGCGAGGAAAUAGCGCAGGAGGUAACCAGGGAGCAGCCAUGGAGGGAACCGGUGAACUGGGGGAACAGCGGAAUUGGGGUCUGGAGGAUGCCCCAGGCCUCUUGGCCAGGGCCUCCCUGCCCAUCAUGCCGGCAUGGCCAUUGCCUCUGGCCUCUUCUGCUCUAACCCUGCUCCUUGGAGCCCUCACUUCCCUUUUCCUCUGGUAUUGCUACCGCCUGGGCUCUCAAGACAUGCAGGCCCUGGGGGCUGGAAGUCGGGCUGGGGCUGUCGGUGGUAGACCUGGAGGGUGCUCUGAAGCCAGCAGGCCAAGUCCAGGCUGCUCUGGAGAGUCCGGAGAAGGACCCAGGACGGAAGGCCUAGUGAGCCGUCGCCUUCGGGCCUAUGCCAGGCGCUACUCUUGGGCAGGGAUGGGUAGGGUGAGGCGGGCAGCUCAGGGUGGCCCCAGCCCAGGGGGAGGGCCAGGGGUCCUGGGCAUCCAGCGCCCAGGCCUGCUUUUCCUGCCAGACCUGCCCUCUGCCCCCUUUGUUCCCCGGGAGGCCCAGCGGCAUGAUGUGGAGCUCCUGGAGAGCAGCUUCCCUGCUAUCCUACGGGACUUUGGGGCUGUGAGUUGGGACUUCUCAGGGACGACUCCUCCACCUCGGGGCUGGUCCCCACCCCUAGCCCCUGGGUGCUACCAGCUCCUGCUAUACCAAGCAGGCCGCUGCCAACCCAGCAACUGCCGCCGGUGCCCGGGGGCCUAUCGGGCACUGAGGGGUCUGCGAAGCUUUAUGAGUGCCAACACCUUUGGCAAUGCUGGCUUCUCCGUCCUCCUGCCCGGCGCCCGGCUCGAGGGCCGCUGUGGGCCCACCAAUGCCCGCGUCAGAUGUCAUCUGGGCCUGAAGAUUCCCCCUGGUUGUGAGCUGGUGGUCGGGGGCGAGCCCCAGUGCUGGGCUGAGGGACACUGUCUCCUGGUGGAUGACUCCUUCCUACACACAGUGGCUCAUAAUGGCUCUCCCGAAGAUGGGCCUCGAGUGGUCUUCAUCGUGGACCUCUGGCAUCCCAACGUGGCUGGGGCCGAACGCCAGGCCCUCGACUUUGUCUUCGCACCAGACCCUUGA